GUCACGUUGCAGCAAUCCGCGUGUUUGGAGGAGUGAGGAACUGAACGGAAGGUCCCACCACAGGAGCGGAGCCACUCCCCUUUCCUGAGCCCAGCUCGGAGGGGAAACCCACGCUUUAAAAGUUUCAUUUCACUUACAAGUGAGUCUCUCACCAGACUCUCACCCUUCUUCUCAGACACCUCCGAACAGCGUGCCUCAGGAUGACCAGCUCCAAAUCUUCCCAGACCACUCGUAACAUCGUGAUCGCCUGCCUGGCCCUGUGGUCCAUCAUCUCUCUUAUCAUUAUCGUGGUAUGGGCCACCUCGCCCGAGAUGAAAGGAGCCAGUCAGUGUCGGACGGAGAUGCAGGACCUCAGGGAGAGGCACGAAGGGGCAAAAGUCGUGUGGACCAAAGACCGGAAAGCUCUCGAGGAGCUGGUGAGACAGGGAUGGAGGAACCAGACCGCUUUACAGAAGCAGAUGGACCAGUACAAGGAGCAAAUACACUCUCUGAACAUCUCUCUGAAUGACAGCCUGCAAGAAAUUUCGGUUCUCAACGAAAACAUCACAGUUUUGGACAGCAGAAUCGAAAAGUACAAACUCAUCGAGGAGAACCUCACUGCUGAAAUCAGCCUGCAGAAAGACCAGAUUGAAGCCCUGGAGCACAAUUUGACUCUGAAGGCCCAGGAGUUGGCAUCAUGUGAGGCUUUACACCUCGCUUCUAAACAGCUCCAAACUGCUGCGGAGAAGCAGAAACAGGCCUGCGAGACCACCAAGCAAUAUUUACAGAAGCAGCUCAUGAAGUGCAAAGACGUGGACCACCCCGAACAUGAAUAUCAUAUUGAUCUCAAUGAUAGCGGAGCCCAGGGAAUCACCACAAGUAGCGUUACGCUGGCCGUGAUCGUUGGCCUCAGUCUGCUUUUAGUACCAUAGACGACAGGAAGGUUGGAUGAUGGAGUGUUUGGGUACAUGUUUGGGUGCAACACUGUUCUGAGGACACCGCUCUGGUGCACUUGUAACCCUGGACUUGAAGCACAUGUAAAUCGUCAUUUGGAAGUGCUGAUGCAACAUUUAUGAUCACCUAUAGUUAAUGAAGGUAUUGAAGCUUUUUUGGCCGCACGGCUACGAGCACGGAGAAUUAAUUCAUCUUCAACAAAUGUAUGCUGUACUUCAUUGGUGGUAACUUUUUUUUAUGCUUUAGACUUUUUUAUUUGGGAUAAAUGGGGUCUAGAAGUUUCCGAAUAGUAUUUAUUUUGUUUGAAGUAACCAGGCUAAUAUGCCAAUGAGAUAAUAAUGUUAAGAGCUAUUCAGAAAUUUGAUCGCACUGUUUUACCACUGUUUGUCUGUUUUUCUUUUUUUUUUUUUAAGAAUUUCAUGAAAAACUUUUGAAAGAAAGCUAUUUUUGAAUAAACUUACAAUGUUGACUCUCUAA